ACUGCUGCUCUCCUCGACUGUUUGUGCUGCCGCUCGGCCAGUCCGCGUACGAUCUCGAUCUGUCGGUCGGUACAAAACGAAAUGAAAAUCUGGGCACCUGGAAGCCAUUUUCUCGUGUCAUCCGCCUAGCCUGUGCUGUGUUCUGUGCGUGCCAUCUACGUGGAUUAACGACUUCCUCUCGGCCACGGCAUCGCUGAGUGCGCGAUUAUCGAGCCGGAGGCGAACGUAAUCGGUGCGCCCGACGACGACCGCAGGACUGCAAGAUGUCGGCGGCGAUGCGCGAGUGUUGACACAGGACAGUAGGCACAGCGCGCGGAGUGCUUGCAGCCCUUGCAGCGGCAGGACUCGGUGAUCACCAGGAGCAGGAGGGAGGUGGACUCUAGCACCAGGAGUGCGUGCGUGAAGUGCGUGGCCCCUCGUCAACAUGGGCAACAAUGCGGCGACGGCCAACAAGAAGGUGGACGCCGCCGAGAGCGUCAAGGAAUUCUUGGAUCAGGCAAAGGAAGACUUCGAGGAGAAAUGGAAGAAGAACCCGACCAACACCGCCAGCCUCGACGACUUUGACCGCAUCAAGACACUCGGUACGGGCUCAUUCGGGCGCGUGAUGAUCGUCCAGCACAAGCCCACCAAGGAGUACUACGCGAUGAAAAUUCUCGACAAGCAGAAGGUUGUGAAGCUGAAGCAGGUGGAGCACACGCUCAACGAGAAGCGCAUCCUGCAGGCGAUCAGCUUCCCGUUCCUCGUCAGCCUCCGGUUCCAUUUCAAAGACAAUUCCAACCUGUACAUGGUGCUGGAAUACGUGCCCGGCGGCGAGAUGUUCUCGCACCUCCGAAAGGUGGGCCGUUUCUCCGAGCCGCACUCGCGCUUCUAUGCCGCGCAAAUUGUACUCGCCUUCGAGUACCUGCAUUACCUGGACCUGAUCUAUCGCGACCUCAAGCCGGAGAACCUGCUCAUCGACUCGCAGGGCUACCUCAAGGUGACCGACUUUGGCUUUGCGAAGCGCGUCAAAGGCCGCACCUGGACGUUGUGCGGCACGCCGGAGUACCUCGCACCUGAGAUCAUCCUCAGCAAGGGUUACAACAAGGCAGUCGACUGGUGGGCGCUCGGUGUGCUCGUCUAUGAAAUGGCCGCUGGCUAUCCGCCAUUCUUCGCUGAUCAACCCAUCCAGAUCUACGAGAAGAUCGUCUCGGGCAAGGUGCGCUUCCCGUCGCACUUCGGCUCCGACCUCAAGGACCUACUGCGCAACCUGCUGCAGGUCGACCUCACCAAACGCUACGGCAAUCUCAAGGCCGGCGUCAACGACAUCAAGGGCCACAAGUGGUUCGCCUCCACCGACUGGAUCGCCAUCUUCCAGAAGAAGAUCGAGGCGCCGUUCAUACCGCGCUGCAAGGGCCCCGGCGACACCUCCAACUUCGACGACUACGAGGAGGAGGUGCUGCGCAUCUCGUCGACGGAGAAGUGCGCCAAGGAGUUCGCCGAGUUCUAAGCGGGUGCACAAGCGCGCCCAAGUGUGUCAUUGUGUGUAAGUAGCCUUGCUGUCUCCUCCUACCAGGACGCCGUCGCCACCAAAAAAAAACCAACCCAACAACAACAACAUCAACAACAUCAACAACAAACGAACGCUGUGCAACGGUCGGUCAACUGCUCUGCACACACACAAUCUCUAGUCUCAAAUGAAAAGUGUAAUAAUUUUAAGUAAGUACAUAUUGAUAACAUAAUUCUAUGAGGAUGAGCGCGGGCGGCCGGAGGGAGAUGUGGACGCGGGGAGUGCAGCAUCUGUAAUUAUAGAGUUAAUACGCAUCACCUUUAUAUUAUCAACUAAUUAACGAUUCAAUGAAUUACAUUUAUUCCUCUGCGAGUGCAGCGUUCGACGAGUACGACCCUAUUUCCGGGCUGAAACACACAAAAACACAAACACACAUCUUGCGUGAUCUGCAUAUUUUUGCCUCAAGAAAACAUAGAAAUAAAAAUAAACUCGAAAUGUCCUCGAAUUAUAGGCAUACGCGACCGAUACCACUCACCGAAUUGAUUUAUUCGAAUAUUUUAAGUGAUAACUUUCCAAGGUAACCACACUAUAUAAUGCUGAUUGCGCAAGAAGCACACACGAAUAACACAAGAAACGAGAUAUUACCAUUUACCUACUGGCGCGCAGCUAGGAAACAAACCAGCCACUCCAGCAACAAUCUCUUGUAAGAUUCUUCUUAUACUUAAAUUUUGAAACCUCCCUGAACGCAAAAAUGAAAUGUUAUCUUACCUUUCGCCGUGCGCUGCUGACUUUUGGACACACAUGCAACGUAUGCGUGUCGAAAGCAACAAGGAAAACCGAUAAUGAUGUAAUGAUGAUAAUAUUGUAAACAUAAACAAACAUGAGCUUCACUGUUUUUGAAUUUAAAAAGAUUUAAAAUGAAAAAUGCAAAAAAAAAAUAUGAUGAUGAUGAUGAUGCGGGUGCGAUUAAAAGUAAUUUUUAAUUUAAAAUUAGGAUAUAAUUGUUCAUUAAGAUGGAUCGUGCUAUAUAGUUAUAUAUGAAAUUUCCUUUUUUAAGUCGAUAGAGCUAGGAGGAGGAGGCCAACUUCUCGUCUCUCCUGCGAGCUGCAACACGAUUGUCAAAGUGUAAAAUGAUGUAAUAAUGAUCUGCGAUUAAUUAGGCAAUUACCGAAUACACUCUCACACCUACA